AUGGAAUUCUUGUGGCUUUGGAUUCUUGGAUGGUUUGUUUCCAUUCUAACGGUGAUUGGCAAUGGGUUUGUCAUCCUUCUGGUCUACAGCAAACGACAUCUCAGAACCAAAACCAACGCUUUGAUUGUUUCUCUCGCAGUGGCGGACUUUCUUGUCGGCUUACACUUGAUUCCCUUGAUGUUUUCCUUAGAGGUAAUCGGUCCCAGUUACCCCAAAGUUUUAGAUAAAGGCUUGUAUAUCAUCUUACGGUUGAGGUGGCUUUUUCAGGAUGCAUCAAUUUUGUGUAUGUGCAGUCUAGUCCUGGAUCGCUACUUAGCUGUCGUGAAACCUCUAAAAUACUUGCGGUUUAUGACUUCAAGUCGCGUUAUCCAACUCAUUUCCUUCUCAUGGGGGGCCGCAGCAGCUUUCAUUUUGCUACAAUCGUUCCUGUGGGUUAAGUCAAGAGGACCCCUCGUCGUCGACACUUUCCGGUGGCUAGUUAUUAUCAUAUUUCAUGCCUUCCCAUGUGUACUGAUAUUUUUUUGCUUUGCAUCAAUGUUACGGGUAAUUUAUAAGCAACACAGAGAAGCACAUGUCCUCGGUAGACAGCGACCAUUAAACAACAGGCGAGAGAAGUCUGCAUUGAUAAUGAUGAGCAUUGUCGUUGCUUUGUUUCUUGUUUAUUGUGCAAUUUAUAUCGGCUGUGUUCUAAAAUUUAUAACCGAUGAAUGCGAUGGUUAUAUUCAGAGAAUUGCUCUUUUUACAGUAAUUUUGAACUCUGCUGUAAACCCAUUGGCUUACGCUUUCUUCAAGCGGGAUAUCAAGAAGGAGAUAAAAAAAUUAACUUGCAGAACGUCCGUAAGAAGAGCCUAG